AUGAAAACUAAUUUGCUUUUUGUUGUUCUUUUAUCCGUACUAAUCAUUCCAAUUUCAAGCUAAAGAUAAUGUAGAUCAAGUUCGGAAUGCGCAACUGGAUUUUGUUGUGCCUUUACUUAUGUUACUUCAGUUGGUGUUGAUUAAAAAAUAGUCUAUUAGACAUGCAGAAACUAGACAGUUGUCAACAACUUUAAAAAUGAGUUACAUGUUCAGAGUUUAUUAAUUCCUUAAGCACCUGGUAAUUAUCAAAUGGUAUUUGAAUUAACAUACUGCAUAACAGCUAACUCAACAUCUAAUAUUUUGGGAUAUUGA